UAUCAUCUAAUUGUUAGUGUUUUGAUUGCGCACAUUUGUUAUUGUUCCUGUGCUUAAUAAUUAACUUUUAAUUUGACUUAAUUGACAACAGUGAAAUUUAUACUAUUCAUGCAAAACCUUUCAAAAUCAUUUGAAGAAAACCAAAUCGAAUUAAAAUGAAUUUAUCUGAGGAAAUCAUUAGCUUACCUUCAUUUGUAUCUGCUUAUGGAUGGGUACCAUUUGUAGUAGCAAUACUGCUGAGCAUCUUGUUCUCUGCAGUGUAUGUGAGAAAGUUCUGGAACCGAUCUGAAAGAGAGAAAUGUUCUGCUGUCGUAGCAAUAAUUGGAAUAUCUAUUGCUUUGUUAUCUGCCUUUCUUUUACCAGUUGAUGUAUUUCUGGUAUCAUUUAUGAAGAAUUCUGAUGGUUCAUUUAAAGAAUGGGCUACAAAUUCCACUCGUCAAGCUGUUGAAGAUUCUGUAACUUACACCUACUACAGUCUCUAUGGCAUAAUUUUCUUUUAUGCCUUUUUUGUAUUGCCUCUUUCUUACUUCUCAUAUGAGGAACAUGAUGAAGAUGAAAGAAAUUCUUAUGGAGUUUUUACUAUUGCUCUUCUGUAUACUUUGAUCUUUCUGUUUGUCAUAUCUGGAUUGUUACUGGCUGGAGCAUUUAUUCCUUACAAGGCUGAACCACCACAAAACUCAACUGAAUGGGAUAAAAUUGACUUUCUUAUCAAGGAAUUGUCCAAAAGCAAGGGAAAGGAUGCAGUUGCUUUUGUUGUGAAUGUCUUGACAUUGUAUGGCAUGUUAAACAUCAUUUUAUAUACCAGUACAGGAUUGACUUCAUUUCCUGUCGCUUUAAUUAAAGGAUUUCGGUCUCUUUCUGAAGAAGAAUCAAUUUUGUCUCAGAACCAGGCAUCAACACAAUCUAAAAUUAAUGCCCUUAGAAGCAAGCAAGCCAGAAAAUCUCUUUCUUCUCGAGAAAUUGCAACUCUUGCUCAGUUAGAAGAAGAGGAAAGUUUAUUAUCAAGGAGGCAUAAUUUGUUGGAAAGUGAAAAAAGAAACAUAUUUAAUAAGUGUCAACCUUUCUUCAGGAUCAUCAAUGUUACUUUUGGUUGCAUAGGCAUUUCUUUCUCACUGGUCUUGUUUAUUUCAUUGCUCAUUUCAAAUAUUGACAAGCUUAUGAAUUCACUUGGCUACAAGAUGGGAUAUGUAUUAAAAGAAAACUUACUACCCAAUAUAUUAGACUACAUAAUGGUGAGAGCUCAAAAGAUUUUCCCAAUGGAUUAUGUACUGUUUUUCCUGAUUGUAAUAUUCCUUGUGAUAUGCACAGUUUCCGGCAUGCGUUUCAUGGGAAUCUGUUGUUUAUGUGUACCAAUGUAUAAAGUUCGACCUGGUCGAACUCCCCCUCAGGCCUUGAUAAUGUUAUCUUUUCUUUUGAUGUUUGUUGUACUUGCUAUUAAUGUUUUAAUGCAUUCACUUAUUCCUUCCUACACCACCUUUGGCUCUCAAUAUUAUUGCAAAUUUACUAAUGGAACUUGCGAUUUGACUGCUUGCUCAUUAGAUGCAAAAGAAGAUGAAUGUCUGAUGACAAGAGCUGGAGCCUUUAUUCUCAGUUUUGCCUACCAAGCGUGGAUAUUUUCUGCUGCUUACUUUUGGCUGACUUGGGUAUUUUUGGCUGCGUUUGCUGUAAACUUCGUUUAUGUUUUGAUUCGAUCACGACGAUCUUCUUUAGAAGAAGCUAUUGACAGAGAUGAUUUUGAUGACAGUGAUGAUCCAAUGAUAACAAUAUAGAUCUCUCCUGUUGUUUUUAUGUAUAAAAGCAUAUGCUGCUAAUGCUUAUGGCUUAAAUUCAGAAAUAUGUUUUUAGUUUCAUUAUAGCUUUAAUAUUUUCUUUUCAUUUGUUUAAGAAAUAAAUAAAUAGAUAAUUAAACAGUUGUUUUGCUGACUUUUCACCCAUUUUUGAUUGUACUGGUAUGUUUUCCAUCUCAUAAUUAUCAUAACAAUAGGCCAAUGUCUUUUUUUUUUUUUUUUUUUUUUGCCAUAAGCAUGUUUUAGUCAGCACUAUAAUCUGCAUCUGUGAUAAAAAUUUCUAUUUAAAUAUUUGCUUUUUGAAGUUGUAGAUAUCAUGUAAAAUUUAUUUAAUAGUUCCUGAAAGUAUAAAACCAUAUAUUUGUAGUAUUUUUGCUUAGUUAAAGAAAGCAAUAUGUGUUUCUCAUUAUUUGAUUUAGUU